GUUUCGAUGACUGCCUCAAGUAUGCUGGUGUUAUCCGGCUGCGUGUGUCGUGCUGCGUGCUGCGAGUACUUGGCUCCCGGGUGCGGCGGCACCGCAAGUGCGACUCGAGAGAUGGUUCAUGGAAUGCCUUGAUGCAAGCGAUUCUCUCGUUUCCACGGUAUGCAAGAGGCAAUGGAAGGCCGCAAAAUGCCACAGAAUCGAAAGAGGUUCCGGCAGUGGCCGCGCCGGGGGGAUCCACACGUGGACGUACUGCUGUCUCCCCGCAUUGACCACCAUGCAGCCGUCCAACACCCCGCCCGUCAGGGGGAAACGGAAGGGAAAGAGCAGCCUCAUGUCAGAAGCCAGACAUCAUUCGUCCGCCCACAGCAGCUCUCAACUGUGUCUACACAUCACACGACUUCGCCCCAAACUCCACUCCACACGAAAAGACCACAGCUUCAGCCUCGCGAUAGGCUUUUCCCCCGAAAGGCCACCCAAAUAACCACCACAAGCGUCGUCAACUCCAAGGAGCUUGGACUCUGCCGCCCUUGCCAUGGAUCUGGCGUACGACCACAUCCAGGAGAACUCGCUCCCCAAGGAUGCUGAUAAGAAGAAUGGCGACGCCAAGGACACCAAAUCCGACCAGCCGCAGUCAUCUUUGAACGAUGACUUGCAGGAGGCCUACAAGGCCAUCUCGUCCAGUCCUUGGGGCAUGCGCAUCGGUGGCUUCUUGGGAAGUGCCGUGAAGCAGGGACAAGAAGUCUACAAAGAGGCCUCCAAGGAGGUGACGGAGCUCGGUCAGGACGCAUCCAAGGGCUUCAGCUCCAUAAUCAACCGAACGAGAUCCCUCACCGUCAACACGACGACGCAAGAUGAGUCUUCCGGAGACAAGAGCAAGGAGACCGACAGCCAGACGACGCCCACAAAGACCAGAGACUUGGCAGCUUCCGACGACGCCAUGAGCAGCUCCGAGAACUACCUCACCAGGCUCCGUUCCGAGGCAGCCAAGCGGCUCAAGGACCUGCAAAAGGCCGAGGACGCCGCCGACGAGGCUCUCCUCCGCUUCGGCACCAAUAUCAGCAACUUCCUCAAGGAGGCCGUUAGCAUCGCCCCGCCCACCGACGCCAACAGCCAGGGCGGCGCCGUCAUGUUCGAGAGCAAGGACGCGCAGGGCAAGCGGGUCAUCCACACCUCGAGGCAAGACGCCCAGCUGCACGUCAUCCACACGAGCACCGAGAGCUUCGCAAAGGACCCUGCCACGGAGGAAUUCGCGACCUGGGCCAAGACUUUCGACGCGGAGAAGAAGACGGCCGAGAUUAGCGACGACUUGAACAAGUACCCCGAACUGCGAACGACAAUGGAGAAGCUCGUACCCGACCAAGUCCCUUAUGCUGAGUUCUGGAAGAGAUACUACUUCCUCAGACAUGGUCUGGAGGCCGCCGAGACCCGAAGACGCGAUUUGCUCAAGGCUGCUUCUGCCGAGGAUGAAGUUGGCUGGGAUGAUGACUCCGAUGAUGAGGCCACCACCACUACUGCUCCUGCCCCUGCUACCGCCGCCACUCCCGCCCCUGCUGCUGGCGCUGCUCCCAAGACUGAGAAGACGCAAGCACGCCCGCCAUCAGCCGAGUCCUCCACUACCAUCCAGCCUCCCGCCCAGACCUCCUCCACCCUGAAGCCUGCUGAGUCACGCAAGUCCAACGACGAAAAGUCCCAGGCCGACAGUGACACCAGCUACGACGUUGUCGGUGCCACCUCUGGCGUCCCCAGCCAAGCUCCCAACAGCCCCAAGGACUCCCGCAAGGCCGACGAUAGUGACGAUGACUGGGAGUAGUAGGAUGAGCGUCUACAUUUUGCUGACUGGCGUUGAAUCUGGGAUGGGUUUUUUGGAUUUUGUUUUCUCUCUCUGGCUCGAAUGGCAAGCUCUUAAUUAUGCGGACAUUUGUACAUCAGCCACGCGGGGCUCCUUUGUGAAGCAUUUGCUUUUUGGAGAAACCAAAGUCGCGGUGGUGGAGGGGGUAUUUCUUCUCUCUCUCUCUCUCUCUGUGUCUUCGCUUCUUUUUUUUUUCUUGCUUAUAAGACAAAGUCCUUUAUCUCUUCUUCUUGGUGACCGUGGUGAAACCGUCUUCGUCGACCUCGGGCUCCUGCUUCUCCUUUGGCGCACGCACAAGCUGGGGCGCAUCGUCCAUCUCGACAUCAUCACCCUCGUCGUCGUCUUCGCUGUCGUCGUCCUCCCAAUCGGUAUCCUGGUCGCCGGCCUCGACCUUUUUAUACAAGCCCUCCACCUUGGCGCCCUUGCGGCUCUCCCACUUGGUGCGCAGCUCGUCGACGGCGGCGAAAUUGCCCUUGGCGCACUCGGCGCGCAGCUUGACAAUCUGCUCGGCGACGUCGUAGCCCGUCUCGUCGUCGACGUUGACCUCAAACUCGUCGAGCAUGACCUGCAGCAGCAUGGUCUCGACGUAGCCCGUGUCGGGCUCCUCUGCGGCGGCGGCGGCGGUGGCGGGCAUGGCUUGGCCCGCGGCGGUGAUUUUUGUAAAGGUGGGAAAGAUCUCGGCGACGGCGCCGGCGAACCAGUCUCGUUUGUCGGCGGAAUCGGGGCCGCCCCAGUGGUUUUGGACGGCGAGGGUGAGGGCGGGCCACAUGUGGAGGGAGAGGGCGACGGCUUGUUCAAAGGUUGACUGGCAGGCCUCUACAUUUCGGGUGUUAGGAUUUCCAGUGUGGUAGAGAUUUUGAGCAUCAGCGUGUUUGGAUCGUGAACUUGCCUGCCGUGAUGGGGGCGGUGGUCGCCAUUGUUUGGUGAUGCUGCUGCUAUUUCGCGGGGUAUCAAAAAGUUAUGGAGGGGCAGAGUCUGGCUUGGGGUGCGGUGACAGUUUUCGUUGCCAAAUUUCCAGAUCACAAUUUUUUUCCCGCUUCCCCUGUAGGGUGGAUAGUGCAUGCGACGAUUUGCACUGUCGGUUGUGCUGUGUGGGGUUUUCAACGGCCACCUCUCCCAUCCCGGUCCCGCUUUCGGGUCUAGCCAGGCGCGUGCCAGGGCCCCGUACGGGCAGAGCAGCUGAAAACACCUGAAAAGGAACCUGAGCUUCUUCACUAACUGACCUUAUGUGCAAAGUGGCUCAAUU